UUUCGUUAAAGGUCCUGGCAGGGCUAGCGCAAACCAGCUCUGAUACCAAAGAGCCACAGACUUCAGAGAUAAACAAGGCUUUCCAGGAGAAGAAGAUUUUGAACACUUAUCCGCCACCAUGUCGGACAGCAGCCCCUUUGAAACGGACAUGCUCACCCUGACUCGCUACGUUAUGGAAAAGGGGCGUCAGGCCAAAGGGACCGGGGAGCUCACACAGCUGCUGAACUCCAUGCUGACAGCCAUCAAAGCCAUAUCCUCGGCUGUGCGCAAGGCCGGCCUGGCCCACCUGUAUGGAAUUGCGGGAAGCGUGAACGUGACCGGGGAUGAGGUGAAGAAACUGGACGUGUUAUCCAAUUCUCUGGUGAUCAACAUGCUCCAGUCCUCCUACGGCACCUGUGUCCUGGUCUCUGAGGAGAAUAAAGACGCGAUUAUCACCCCCAAGGAGAAGAGGGGGAAGUACGUGGUCUGCUUUGACCCACUGGAUGGAUCUUCUAACAUCGACUGCCUGGCCUCCAUUGGAACCAUCUUUGCCAUCUACAGAAAGACCUCAGACGACGAGCCUUCCGAAAAGGAUGCUUUGCAGCCAGGCCGAAAUAUUGUGGCUGCGGGCUAUGCCCUCUAUGGCAGUGCAACCCUCGUGGCUCUUUCCACUGGGCAGGGAGUAGAUCUCUUCAUGCUUGACCCUGCUCUUGGUGAAUUUAUCCUGGUGGAAAAAGAUGUCAAGAUAAAAAAGAAAGGAAAGAUUUUCAGUCUCAAUGAGGGCUAUGCCAAGUAUUUUGAUGCUGCCACUUCGGAAUAUGUGCAGAAGAAGAAAUUUCCAGAGGAUGGCAGUGCUCCCUAUGGGGCCAGAUACGUGGGCUCCAUGGUGGCUGAUGUGCACCGCACCCUGGUGUAUGGAGGGAUCUUCCUAUACCCAGCGAACCAGAAAAGUCCUAAGGGCAAGCUCCGGCUCCUGUACGAGUGCAAUCCCGUGUCCUACAUCAUAGAGCAGGCAGGAGGCAUGGCGACCACAGGCACCCAGCCUGUGCUGGAUGUGAAGCCAGAGUCCAUUCACCAACGAGUUCCCCUCAUUCUAGGGUCCCCGGAUGAUGUGCAGGAAUACCUCACCUGUGUACAGAAAAGCCAGGCAGGCAGGUAGUGGGUUUGACCCUGCAAGCUGUCUUCUCUUUGCCUUGUCCCUUCUAUUAAGGGCCCUAAAUGAACGAUAAGUGGAAACAAUGGUGACGAGUAACAAAAGGCAAAGCUCCUGAGUCACAUCCAGAAGAACAGCAGUGGACUGCUUGUCACAGAUCCAGACGCUAGAGGCGCUUCUGUGCUCAGUGUAAAGGGCUCAAAAUAAAAACCCACAUGUGAAAAGAA